AUGGAGCUGUGGGAGGCUCCUCACUGGGAAGGACCAACUGUUGCCUUGGUGGCGUGGGAGCUGCUGCCCGCGCAUUUGUGCCGUGCUGCCUCCACCUCAGCAGCUGCAGCCUCCUGCCAGCCCCCCACCUACCUGCCCACCCCAAACGGAGAAUCCGGGAGGGGGCUGCACUCAGCGCAGGGGGCUGGGACAGCUGGGGGCUGUGUAUCUACACCCCCCGUGCUGCUGGUGCCCCUGCCUGUCCCUGUGCCCCAGACUGCCGUGCCCUGCUUUCGGCAGCAGCUGAUGCCCCGUGGCGCCGGCGCGGGGGGGUUCGAGUGGGGCUUGGCCUCUCCCAGCGUCAUUACCAUCGCUACCCUCACCUAUCCGCCCCGCCGGGCAUGGGGGCCCCGGGGGUGUCGGGGGGCUCUGUGGGGGUCGGGUGCCACACCUGUCCCCCUAUCCCCAGAGUCGCUGCUGGAUGAUAUCGUGCUCACCCACUCGCUGUUCCUGCCCACCGAGCGCUUCCUGCAGCAGCUGCACCAGCAAUAUCCUGGAGGGCCCCGGGGGGGGUCGGGGCUGCGGCGCAAGCGGGCGGUGCUGGCCGUGCUGCUGCACUUCCUCGAGACCUACAAGGGGCUGCUGCAGGAGGAGGAGAGCGCCGGGAAGGUCAUCAAGGAGCUUUACCUGCUCAUCAUGAAGGACACGUCCCUCUACCACGAGCUGGAGGACGAGAUCAUCAAGCUGCACCAGCUUGUGGAGACUGUGGAGCUCAAGGUGGCCGACGAGACCCCCCCCCCGAACAAGCAGGUGAAGCCCCCCCCCCCCCCCCCCAAGCCGCUGUUCCGGCAUUUCCGACGCAUCGACUCCUGCCUACAGACCCGGGUGGCAUUUCGGGGUUCUGACGAGAUUUUCUGCCGCGUGUACAUGCCCGACCACUCGUACGUCACCAUCCGCAGCCGCCUCUCGGCCUCGGUGCAGGACAUCCUGGCCUCGGUCACCGAGAAGCUGCAGUACUCGGAGGAGCAGAGCAGCCGGGGGGACGCGCUCAUCCUGGUCACCAUGGCCUCGUCCGGAGAGAAAGCGGUGCUGCAGCCCAGCGAGGAGUGCGUGUUCACCACCCUGGGCAUCAACAGCCACCUCUUCGCCUGCACCAGGGACACUUUCGACUCGCUGGUGCCGCUGCCCGAGGAGAUCCAGGUGGUCCCGGGAGACACCGAGAUCCACCGCGCCGAGCCCGAGGAUGUCGCCAACCACCUCACCGCCUUCCACUGGGAGCUCUUCCGCUGCAUCCACGAGGGGGGUCCCUGCGUGCCCAGCCCGCCCCUCAUGCUGUCCCCCACCAGCUGUAAGCAGAACCAGGACAUGCUCUCCUUCUACGCCAUCGUCAUCGGCCUCAACAACGCCGCCAUCAGCCGCCUGCGCCUCACCUGGGAGAAGCUCCCAGGGAAAUUCAAGAAUCUGUUUCGGAAGUUUGAGAACCUGACGGACCCCUGCAGGAACCACAAGACCUACCGGGAGGUGCUGGCCAAGAUGAAGCCCCCCCUCAUCCCCUUCGUGCCGCUCAUCCUCAAAGAUCUGACCUUCCUGCAUGAAGGCAGCAAGACCCUCCUGGAUGGGCUGGUCAACGUGGAGAAACUGCACUGCAUCGCCGAGAAAGUGAGAACCGUGAGGAAGUACCGGAGCCGCCCCCUCUGCCUGGAGCUGGAGGCGUCCCCAGCCCAGCUGCAGACCAAGGCCUACGUGCGGCAGCUGCGCGUCAUCGACAACCAGAACCUGCUCUUCGAGCUCUCCUACAAGCUGGAGCCCGGCAGCCAGUCUCCUCUGAGACCUGUCCCCAGGACCCCCAUGGGCCUCCACUGGGACCCCCGUACUGUCUCUGACCCCUCCACCCUGACUCUUGAAUUAUCUGUGGGUUCCCUCUCCAGAACCCUCCUUGUACCCCCACCCUGGGAGCCCCCUGGACCCCCAGACUGGGGGUGCCCAGAAGCACUGGGGCUGGAUGUGUGGGAUCCCAUGAUGGGGGAUCCCCAGCAUGGAGACUCUGACCCCAGAGUGUCCCCUGGGACUCCCCCUAUGACCUCUGAGACUCCCACCAUGACCCCACUGACCCCUCCCCCCUGA